CUUGCGUGUCAUCAGAUAUAUUUCGAAAUAAAUUAAAUUAAAUUAGAAAAGAGGACUCCAUGUCGACUGAUUCGACGGCAGGGUGGCCGACGGCCUAUUCUCCUCCACUGGAUACGCAGACCGAGUGGCCGAUGAAGCCUCCAGGUGAGAAACCUGCAAAGGUACCGCCGAAGAAACGAGGCCGUCCCCGUAUGGCGGUGGACAAAGAUGGCGCCGAGAAACGUCGAGUCCAGGUCCGGUUGGCACAGCGGGCGUAUCGGGAUCGCAAAGAAAACACCAUGGCGCAGCUCCGAGAGCGCGUGGCGAAGCUCGAGUCCGGGAUCGAAGAGCUCAGCAAGUCGUUUCUGAGCUUCAGCGAGCUUCUCCUCACCGACGGGGUCCUCAAGAGCCAUCCGGCCGCUGCUCGCGAGCUGAAACAUAUCACGCGUCUGUGUGUGUCGCUUGCCAGCUCCGGUAGUCAAGACUCGGAGAGGACAGACGAAGUGGAUGAAGAGGUGCAGGAGGUGCAUGAAGAGGUGCAAGAGGCGCACGAUCUGCACAAUCUGCACGAAGAACCGACUAUAGUUUCAUCCGACUCACAAGAAUCAUCCCCCAACGAGGUGAGCCCGGGAAGUACGGAAAUCAUGAGGCUUCCUGCCGAGGGACUGCCGUUGAACAUCCUCCCCUCGAUGUACGCGAUGAAUCUGAGCCGAAAACCGCGGCCGGUGUUCCAAUUCUCAGACUCGUGGAUCGAUCUGGUCAUGGCCAAGCAAACAUUCUGCGGUCUCUCGAUACUGCCCGUCUACCUGGAAGACAAGAAGGACUACUGGUCGCAGCUGUCGUACUUCCCCUUUGCCCGCCGCCUCCUCUACAUGUGCACCAAGUACGGCUACGAACUGCUGACCGAGCCCGUUCUCCGCAUGGACGCCGUCGCCCGGCUGGUUCCCCCCGGGUUCACAGAGCAGGAGCGCCAGCGAGUGACCACGCUCUUCAAGGAUGUCUUGGGUCUGGAACCCUGCCUGGUGAUCGAGGCCCAGGUCGAACGGUACUACGCGCAGAACCUACCGGAGAAGGCAGACGCUGAGAUCCGCCUGCGACAGUUCAUGCAGACCCGCGAGCUGCUCGUCCAGCCCGACCACGCCGACUCCAUGCUCGACGUCUAUGCUGUCGACAAGUUCCUGCGCGCAAAGGACAUGUACGUCGACGAGCGUACGUAUACCGUGCCCCUUCCUGAGACUGCGGGCGUCUCCUUCCCGCCACAUGUGGGCAUUGGACUUCUCCCGUUGAGCUUGCAACAGCCGGUUUUUUAUGUCCAGACUUUUAUCCAGAUGCUGGCUCAUGUGGGCACCUGUAUCGAUGAAGCCCCGGCUUUCCGACGGCUGGACGUCGAGCUCGCUUAUGAAUUCGCCAUUUCCAGGAAUACAGGCAGUUUACUCUGACCUGCUGACGUUCCUCUUCUAAUAGUUUAUGAAGAAGAAAGUUGAAAUUGCUGUCUACCUGGUUAAGUUGACUAGGUCUUACUCAUAGGGCAAUAAUAUAGUGAGGGUUACUUAGAGGAUAAUAAUAAUAUAACUUCAACAACUAUAGAGACUGGGCAGGGCCGGAACCGGAG